AUGGUUGAAAACCCACGGCUCCAGCGAAUGAAGGAGCGCAUGUCGCAAUAUCAAUUUACUGCAGUGUGGCGCGUCGGCAAGUCUCUAUGCAUCCCAGAUGCACUUUCUCGUGCUGAGGUAACGGCACAUGUCAGAUCUGUCAUCAACGCUACAACAGCUUCCCAGGACGAGGAUGCCCCAACCAUUGACGCCGACCGGACCCUACAGGACAUGUCGAUAGCAGCACAGGCCGACCCCACCUACGUUGGCCUUCGUGACUGCAUCAGUUCUGGGUUUCCCACGAACCGCUACGACCUACAUGCAUCCUUAUCACCGUACUGGAAGCUGCGAGAAGCCCUCUCUACUGAUGGCAACCUCGUGCUCUAUGGGACUCGGACAUCGCCAACACCGUCGCUGCCUGCGAGCCGUGCCAAGUCCUGCGUCCCAGCCAACAAACGGGAGCCUCUCCACAACGACGACCAUCCAUCCAGGCCCUUUGAGUCGGUAUCGGCGGACUUCUUCCAGGUAGCUGGGAAGUCCUUUCUUGUAGUCGCCGACCGCCUCUCUGGCUGGCCUGUGGUUGUCCCUUGCAAGGGUGACACUACUGCCUCCUCGACCAUACGGCACUUCUGCCGCUACUUCAGAGAGGUGGGUCCCUUACGCCUGCGCACCGAUGGAGGACCUCAGUUUACCAGCAAAGAAUUCGCCGACUUCACAGAACGUUGGGGUGUACAUCACAUCACCUCGUCGCCACAUUACCCACAGUCUAAUGGACACGCUGAGGCCGCCGUCAAGGCUGUCAAGCACUUGAUCCUCAAAACGGCCCCCACAGGAAACAUUGACUGCGAGGAUUUCAAUCGUGGUCUCCUUGAUUGA